GUAAUUCGAUAUGAUUAAAAAUAAAGAAAUCAUGGCAGUGCCUCUCGGUCUCGUAGAAUUCCACCGAUGUUUGAACACACUCACCGGAAUGGCACACAAAAGGCAAUUAUCGAGAUUUCGAGCAUUGAACCAACGCGAUCUGCCAGUCGCUGCAUCAUCGUUCAAGAUUCUCCCCACAAGGAAUUUGUCUAGGAACAAUUUCGCAACCCCUUGUCGUCGCCCAUUAUCGCAGUAUUCUUUGAGUGACAGGAGUUUUGCAAUGAACUUAUUUUCUAUUUGGCGAAUUCCUGCCAACUCCUGAGCUCCAGAUUCCCCGUCGCAUCCACCAUCAAACUGCGCGCAGCACCCGUCGCAUUCGCCCAUCAAGCAAACACCACGCGCAAAGCAGUGAACUAAAGAUGCCGCCAACCCGAAAGCGCUCCUCGCAGGAGCUAGGCUCUGGCAAUGCCCAGGGCUCAGCGCAGCCAUCCAUGCUACAUCGCAUCAGGAACAUGUGGCAAUUCGCCAACCUUUUUCAGUUCAUCCUGCUCUUCGGCCAAGCUCUCAAGCUCGACGAUAAUCUCGAUAUCGAAGAUCUUGAAGCAGAAUGCCUCAAACCGGGGGCCGUAGCGCUCCAAGAUAUCGGCCUUCGUCUCCUCAAGUUCCUCUCUUCGCACCGCGGCCUGACUCACGAGUUGUUCGACGAGUACACAAGAAGGCAGUUUCUUAGCAAAGCGCCGGAGAAAAACCCUUUCGGUUCUGCCGAGGUACCCGCCAAGUUUGCAGACUUCGACGUUUUCACCAAGAUUCGAGUACUUCACCAGAUGACGCAACUGAUCAUGGUGAACCCAGAGCGGUUACGGGAGAAAACCGAAGAGCAGAAGGACACCGACCAAACAAACUGGCGCAUCGAGCCUUACGGCUGGGACCGUCACGAUCGCACCUACUUCGUUCUCGAUGACAACCGCCUAUAUCGCCUAACCGAUGCCUGGCCGCCUCCCCCGAAACCUAAGAGCAACACGAAAAAGGCCAGAGCUGCACAACGGUCGAGCAAAAGACGGCGUGUUUCGUCCGGGGCCGCGAGCGAUGCUGAUGAUGCGCACGAUGAGGCUCCCGAUGCCGCCGAACAGGCCGAACCAGAAGAUGACGGUCUGGGGGGGAUGAAAUGGGAAUGCAUCGCUGUCACUCUUGAUGAAGUCCGCGAAUUUCUGUCAACCAUUCAGAAAUCCAAGGAUCCCAACGAGAAGACUCUGCGAGACCAAGUUCAAGAUCAUCUCCUCCCCAUCCUCGAGAAGCAGGAAGAAUCCAGAAAGAGGAAACAGCUGCAAAGGGAAAAGGAGCUUCUCAGCUUGGAAAAGAUGGCGUAUGCUAAGAGGUCAAGCCGGAUUGCGGGCAAAAUGGAACAGCAGAAGGUGGAGGAGCGAACCCGUGAAGAAGAACGGAAGAGAGUCGAUGAAGAAGCGGCCAGAAGGAAAGAAGAGCAGCAGCGGCUGAAAAUGGAGCGUGAGAGGGAUAGCCGACUGAUGUCGAGGGAACAACGACUUAAGGAACGAGAGGGUCGCCGCCGGCUACACGAGGAGGAGCUUGCUCAACUGUCCGAGGACAGCAAGGAGGCGAGCAAUGCCUCCGCUCGCAUGUCAGAGCGGCGACGAUUGGCGGAGAUCGAGAGGAACAAGAAGGCUCUACAAGAACUCGAAGAGGAAGAAGAUGACUGGAUCUUCGAUUGUGUUUGCGGGGUAUACGGCCAAAUCGACGACGGAACACACAGCGUGGCAUGCGAAAAGUGCAACACCUGGCAACAUAGUAAAUGCCUGGGCAUCGACGAACAGGAAGCAGAUCAGGAGGAUUUCCACUUCGUUUGCAACUCCUGCCGCCGGCGAGAGGAGACAGCAGAUGAUCCGCGCUCUCGAGUGAUCAAGCUCAAGGUCAAUCGCCAUGAGGCGCCUGAAUCUCCUGUCAGCAAACAGCCCGUCGAGGAAACCGCAGGGACAUCUCAAGGACCUCAAGCGCAGCUGGUCGUUGAUCUUCAGUCACGGCCAUCAAAUUCGCUCAGUGGCCCCGAGCCACUGCCUGCACCGGCGUUCCGAGCCGUACAGGCCACCGCAUCUGAUCUGCCUGAGCAAAAGAUAAACAGCAAUCCGGCGAACGAUAUCGUAACUGGCCCUGGUCAAAUCCAACAAUCACCAGUCAGUCAGGGGAGCAACCCCUUCUCGUCACCGCAUCCGAGUCUUUUGCCGCCAGGUCGACGACAGCCGGUCAAAUCCGACGCCCCCAAUCUGGCCGCAACCCUCCCGACCGGCGGUGACGAUGGAAAGACGGGAUCGGUUGCUAAAAUGGUUCUGUUGGACGGCGCUCUUUCAACACUGGCCGGAAGCGGGAGUGGCGGCUCUUCGCCAUCAAAGCAACCGCACCGUCCCCCUUCCCCACCAACAAAGACCUCUGCGCCUACUCCCGCGGCCUCGAACGGGCUAGCUUCCUCAUUUUCUGCGGAGAGUAUUAGCAGCAUGACAUCUGCGUCCCCGAUAGGUUUGCCACACCUCACCCCCGCUCAGUCCCGCGAUGCCAGAUCCGAUCAUGCCGCGUCCGGCUCCUCGCCACUGCCGCCCAUUAGCGGCGGCCUGUCACCCACGAAGCACUCGCCCCCCGCACCCAAACGCCAACAGCACGUCAACGGAGGGGUCAGCGGUGCCGCGACUCACCCCCCCUCAGCCGUGUUCCCGCCUGUGGCGGCCCUGUCUCCCUCCCCGCGGCAACAGGUAUUGACGCCUCCGGUCAAACCUGCGGAGCCGGUCCGUGUCCCCCCUCUGCAGCCGCCGCAAAGCACGCAGACGCCCAAGCCGGGUCCAUCAAGUUCCCCCCGGCCGGAUACCCAGUCAGGUUGAUCUGGACCGCGAAAUAAACUGAUUGGUCAAGCGAGAUGGUAUGAGUUGUUUCGGUUUUGGGAAGUUAAUGGUAUUGGUGGGCAGGCAUUCUUGCAUCCUACGGAAACAGGGUUUGGUUUUGGUUUUAAGGCAUAUUUUGCUUUGCAGGCGUGACAUGAGCAGGCGGGGCAAUCACAGCAUAUAGAUGAUAGACGAGUAGAGA